AUGGGCUGCCUAAGCCCCACUGGGCUGCAGGGGGGAGGCUGCACUGGCGCCCUGGCACACGAGCUGGCCCGGGAGUACCCGGCGCUCAGGGUGACCGUGUUUGACCUCCCCGACGUCAUCGAGCAGGCGCACGUGUUUCGGCCCCACGGACCUGAGAGGACACGAGUCAGCUUCGUGCCUGGCGACAUCCUCCGAGACGCACUCCCUGCCACACAGCUGUACGUCCUGGCCCCGCCGCCGCGAGCCGCGGACCUGCACGGGCUCCUGCAGAGGGUGGCCGCGGCCUGCAGGCCAGGGUCCCCGCAGGUGCAGCACGCCAGCAAGCAGAUCGCCGCCGAGAAGCAGUACAAGGGCAUCGUGGACUGCAUCGUGCGCAUCCCCAAGGAGCAGGGCGUGCUGUCCUUCUGGCGGGGCAACCUGGCCAACGUCAUCCGCUACUUCCCCACGCAAGCCCUCAACUUCGCCUUCAAGGACAAGUACAAGCAGAUCUUCCUGGGCGGUGUGGACAAGCACACGCAGUUCUGGAGGUACUUCGCGGGCAACCUGGCCUCCGGGGGCGCGGCCGGCGCCACCUCGCUGUGCUUCGUGUACCCGCUGGACUUCGCGCGGACCCGGCUGGCCGCCGACGUGGGCAAGUCCGGCGCCGAGCGUGAGUUCAAGGGCCUGGGCGACUGCCUGGUGAAGAUCACCAGGUCGGACGGCGUCCGCGGGCUCUACCAGGGCUUCAACGUGUCCGUGCAGGGCAUCAUCAUCUACCGGGCCGCCUACUUCGGCAUCUACGACACCGCCAAGGGUGAGUGGUCGGGCUGGCUCUGGGCGCAGGCUGUGCCGUGUGUGCGUGUCUGCCUGCUCUCAGACAGGGCCGGAGUGAGUUCAAGGCCAGCCUGAGCUGUGCACCAAAGA